CAGUCGUACGUCCGAGCGUUUAUGCAAAUCCGCCCCCAAAUAUGGACAGACACGAAGGAAUGAAAUAUGGUGGAGAGGCGAACAUGGAGGACCGCGCGGACGCCGCUGGACCGUUUUUAGGGGGCCAGUAGCGGAAGAAAGUGGAUGUUCCUCCCGCGGGACUGUUUCAGCGGAGAACCUCGGUGGAAACUCGCCGUUUUCGCGUUUCCUUUCCCCAUCGCGUCGAGGUGGAGUCGCUUUUGUAAUGCAGUGAAGACCGACGACUUUUCUUUUUUUUCGGGGGUAUAACAAAAAAAAAAAAAAAAAAAAAAAAAAGCAGGGCAAGGGGGGCUUCUGCCCGACUCGCCGUGUCGACGCUAUGCCGUGGGUCAGCGGCGGUAAGCGGAGGGAGAGCUCGGAGCUGCCGCUGCCCGCGGGCUGGGAGGAAGCCCGGGAUUACGACGGGAGAGUGUUUUAUAUCGACCACAACACCCGGCAAACUUCGUGGAUUGACCCCAGAGAUAGGAUUACGAAACCGCUAACGUUUGCCGACUGUGUUGGAGAUGAGCUGCCUCUGGGGUGGGAGGAGGUUUACGACCAACAAGUGGGAGUUUACUACAUCGACCACAUCAACAAAACCACCCAGAUUGAGAACCCGCGGACACAAUGGCGGCAGGAGCAGGAGCGCAUGUUGAAGGAGUACCUGGUGGUGGCCCAGGAGGCCCUCACCGCCAAGAAGGAGAUGUACCUGAUCAAGCAGCAGCGACUGGAGCUGGCUCAGCAGGAAAUGCUGCGAUUGGACGAGCUUUCUGGAGACACCCACUCCAUCACCAGCAGUAAGGAUCGUCAAGGUUAUGCAAGACGGGACGGAGGGGAGAGAAAAGAAUAUAUCCCACCUUUUUCCGGCUCGUCUGCAAGUUCGAAAUACGACCCUGAUCAAAUCAAAAUGGAAAUAGCCUGCAAACGAGAGCGGCUCUCCAGACUGAAGCAGGAGCUGGCCCAGGUGAAGCAGGAGCUGCAGUAUAAGGAAAUGGGAGUGGAGACCCUGCAGGAGAUUGAUAGGAAGAUGUCCUGCAGUCAGACGAACUACAAGCUGGACGAGGCUCAGGCCAUCUUCAACGAGCUGCGCAGCAUCAAGAAGUCCAUCAGCACAGGCGAGAAGGAGAGGCAGGACCUCAUCCAGAGCCUGGCUAAGCUGACUGUCCACUUCCAGACCAGCCUGUCUGUCAGCGACACAGCCGGCGAGGUGGCGGACAGCAGCGCCACCGCCGGCGACCAGUGCUAUCCGCAGCAGUACUGCGACACCGGCUGCCAGACGGACAUCAUGGGAGAGUACGGUUCCCAAGCUCCUUCCCAUUUGGUGGACAAAGUCAAACUCAACUGGCAGUACGAAGAAGCCAAGAAGAAGGUGCAGAGCAUCCAGCACCAACUCGCGCAGCUCGACAGCGAGAGCUGGUCGGGCCGCGCCGAGGCAGACCGCGACAGGGACUUCCUGCAGCUCCUGCGCGAGAAGGAGGCCCUCCUGCAGGAGCUCAUCCUGGUCAGCAAGAAGCCACACGCAGCGGAGAAGCAGCAGCAGCUGGAGGAGGAGCGCUCCAGGCUGGAGGAGGAGGUGCAGAAAGCCCACAGCUCCCAGAGCCAGGGAGCCAAUCAGAGGUUGCUGCAGCAGGAGAAGAGGAACGACCUGCUCAGGCAGCUGCAGGAGGCCACGCGCAUCACCACCUACCUUCAUUCCCAGCUGAAGAGCCUGUCUGCCAGUUCUCUGACGGUCUCCUCCAGCAGCAGCCGCGGCUCUCUGGCCUCCAGCCGUGGCUCCUUGGCCUCCAGCCGCGGCUCCCUCAGCUCCAUCAGCUUCAGCGACAUCUACGGCGUGCCACAGUACGAUCGCCACGAAGGGGCGGCGGAGGCUCUCGACCCACACCUCCGAUACCUGCUGCCCCCGGAGAGCGCGUCCAGGGACUGCUCGGUCUUCAACCCUGAACACAUGACGCAGAGCAAGAGCAAGCGCUCGCACGACACCCCGCAGUCCCUGGCCUCCCUCUCCUCCCGCUCCUCGCUCUCGUCCCUGUCUCCGCCCAGCUCGCCCAUGGACACGCCGUACCACUUGGCGCCGCAGGACUGCCCCCUCGCCCAGAUGACGGAGGAGUACAUGGAGCAGGCGGGGCGCGGCCUGCUGGAGGGGCUGCGGGCGCAAACCGUGUCGCACGGCGUCCUGAUGGGCGGCGAGGACACGGUGAGCCCCGCCGCGCUGCACCAGCUGGACAGCAAGAGCCAGAGAGAAGGCGGGGCUCAGACGGCCUUCACCUCCACAGGGGUGACGCUGCGGGGCAACAGCGCCAACCGGAGCGGCAGGAGAGCCAGGCGAGUCUCGGCGGGGGUUUCCGAGGACGCUCUGGCCACGGACAGCGGCGUGUUCGAGGCGUGGGGUAAAAGGCCAGAGGAGUAUGACGAGGUUUCAUACGCCAAAGAGGCGUCCGCUGCAAGCGAGCCCACCCAGAUCCAGCUAGGACUGCUGUGGGAAUCCGCCUCUCAGUCUCUGCGGCUGCAUGUGCUGCAGCUGAAGAGUCUGAACUGUUCGAAUGUGAGAGAAAGCUAUAAAGUGUAUGUGAAGGUCCACUUGAUUCCCCUGGACGCCAGCAGGGCCUGUGCGUUCUACUGUUGCACCGCGUUGGAGCCGCAGAGCCAGAUGACUUUCAACGAAGGCUUCCGCAUCCCCGUCCCCACCAACGCCCUGGCGGUGUGCGCCCUGCAGCUGUCGGUCUGCUCGCUGGGCCCUCAGGCUCAGGAGGAGCUCCUGGGCACGGCCAAGCUGAGCCUGGCGGACUGCGAGGGAAGCGCCGACAUGGUUUACCACUGGCUGCGAGUCCAGAUGCUGACCGACUCGCAGAAGGCCCUCUACAGCCGCCGGACCCACGACAGCCAGGAGGACGAGGCGCGGCCCAGAGCCACGGACGCUGUUGGCAACUUGCCGUCGCGCUCCUCCACCUCCACCCAUCCGGAGGAGCUGGAGCUGCAGCGGUCGGAGAAGGACGUGCGUGGAAAGGCGACGCCUGACAGGGGUCAGCAGGCAGAGUCUGUGGACAGCGGCUGCAGCACCAGCGCAGCGGUUCCAACUUUUUACUCGGAGGGUUUGUGCACCGAGGGCGUCUACCUCUCCACCGGGGGGCGCAGCGAUCAGACUCCCAGCAGACACUUUACAGCAAAGGUCGAGAAGGCCACCAUGACGGAGUCGCCGUUCCCGGAGCCGGUUUGGGUCCGACCCAAAGAGAGGGGGGGUCGCUGGGGUCACGGGUCCCCUUUCAUGCGGGGCGGCACCCUCGUUCGCUCCCAGACCUUCUCGCCUGGCGCACAGAGUCACUAUGUCUGCAGGUUAUAUCGCAGUGACAGCGACAGCUCCACUUUACCAAAGAAGUUGCCUUUUGUCAGAAACACCAUGGAGAGAAGAACACUCCGAUACAAGCAGCAGCCGUCGUACCGCUCCUCAUUGGCCGAGCAGCCGACGCGGACCUCGCUGGACCUGGAGCUGGACCUCCAGGCCUGCAGGACGCGUCUGCGGCAGCUGAUGGAGGAGCUGAGCGCCCUGAGGGAACUCAAGCUGCGGCUGGAGGAGCCGCAGGCCAGCGACGCCGACGAGCUGCCCACCUGGGCCCUGAGGGACGAGCGCUUCCGCUGCCUGCUCAGAGAGGCCCAGAGACAGGCCAACCAGAGCAAGCAGGAGCAGCGUCAGGAGGAGGCAGCGGAGAGGAGGCUGAGGAAGGCUUCCAAAGAGGUUCUGCAGAUGAGAGGGCAGAACCAGAAGGAACCCCUGCCGGUGCAGACAUUCAGAGAGAAGAUGGCUUUUUUCACCAGACCAAGGUUCAACAUACCUCCUUUGCCAGCUGACGAUGUAUGAGGGCUCACCUCUGUUUUUUGUGACUAAACAUGAAGUAUUUGUCCUUUUUUUUUGUUUUGUUUUUUUUCCCCCCUGGGCUCAUGAAGUACAGAACUGUUUCUGUUGACGAUACCAGACAUGUGACCUGCAGAUGAAGACCUGAAUGUUUUUUACAUUGUCAGAAGCCUUUGUGUGCCUUUUUCUUUUUUACAAACACCACACAGUUCUUGACGACACGGUUGUAUAAUUCCUUUUUUUUUUUUCUUCACGGGGGAGACGACGAUUUUCAGACCUUGUUUCUGUCUGACCCUACUUCGGUUUGUACUUACAAAAGGCUGGAAGACGGGAACAAAAGUCUGUUUGGACAAAUUCACUGUACUGUAACUUAUUUUAUAGUACUUUUUUUUUUCUUUUUUUUUUCCUUGAAGGAAAUAAAAUGCUUCCUGCUUAUUAAAUGUAUUUUGUAGUAUUUGAACAAAUAGCACUUCAUUGUUUUUACAACCAUUAAAAUUAAACUAUUGCCUGAUAUUUGUUUCUGUUAAAUCUUGAGAGAUAUUUACAUAAUAAAAUGACUGUGUAACCAA